AUGUGCAAGGUUCUGCUCGCUAUCCUCGCAUUCUUCCUGCCGGUAAGAAUCUGACAUCUAUGCUCAAAACCAAAUGCUUCCAGCCAAUUGCGGUGCUUCUGGAUCAGGGAUGCACGUGCGACCUGUGCAUAAACAUUCUUCUCACGUGCCUCGGCCUCAUCCCAGGAAUCAUACACGCUUGGUACCUCAUCCUCUGCAAGGAGAAGACCGUAGUCACCAACGUCUACGUCCAAGCCGUAAGUUCGAGAAUAAGGGGAAGGAAAAACGAUGACGAUGCUUUCAGAACCAGAAUAGAUACCCAUAGAAACACAUGGUAACUUGUUCAUAAUGUCCGUUUCACCAUCUUUGGGGUCGAAGGGAGUAGAAUGAAAUAGAACUUCUUCCGGUUGUUUCGGACACGCAUGAGUCCACAGAGUUUUCCUUCCGUUCCCUUUGUCCAGCCACCCAGAAUCGUCCGAAUCGAGAAUCAACCAUAACAGUUUCAGGGCAAUCACGGAACCGCUCCGCCCGCCUACCAGGCCUAA